GCAAGCCCUGGAGCUGAUCGCCGCCUCGGCGGAGGAGCGCCACCUCACGGAACACCUCCGGCUUCGCAAGGCCAAUUUGAUCCACCUUGCCCUCGGCCGUCGCAGCGUGGACGUCCAAGAGCAGGACCUGGUCUAUACAAUUGGCCUCAUCGACUACUUCGACGACGACAUGGUUGUAAAGCUCCUCUCCUUGGCGUACGACAUGCUUCGGCCGGGAGGGCGAGUCAUUGUGGGAAACUUCCACACAAGCAAUCCGGACAAGGCCUUUAUGGACUAUAUGAUGGAAUGGCCGCUGGUGCAUCGCGAUGAGGCCAAGAUGCAUGCCCUUUUUAAAGCCUCGAAGUUCGGGAAGCCAUGCGACCAGAUUCAGUUCGAGGCAGCUGGCGUGAACCUCUUCGCCGAAUGCUCCAGGAGCUAA